AUGGCCGCAACACACCAGGGGGCAGCAGCAGUGUACCUCGCGCCGCAGCGCCCCCCAUCCAACUCCUCACGACCGUACAUCUUCCUCGCCGGCACGACGACGCAGGCCACCAGGACCCCAGGCGACGACGACUGGCGCCAGCGCCUCAUCGCCACCACGCUACGCCGCCACCCCGUCACCGUGCUGAACCCGCACCGCGCAGACUGGGACGCAACCUGGCGCGAGGACUACGCGGACGCGCGCUGGGCCGAGCAGGUGGAGUGGGAGCUCGACAUGCAGGAACGGGCGGACCUCGUGGUCGUCUACCUCGGCCCCGCGACGGAUGCGCCCGUGAGCUUGCUGGAGCUGGGGCUGGCGGCGGGGGGCGGCAAGAGGGUCGUCGUCUGCGCGGAUGGGGCGUACCGCAAGAGGGGCAAUGUCGAGGCCGUGUGUAGGAGGUACCGUGAUGGGCUUGUCGUGCUGGUGGCAACGGAGGGGGAGCUGGGCGUGGCUGUGGAGGCGGCUGUGGAGGAGAUGACGAUGAUGACUUGA